GGUUUAGUAAACGCGCGUGCGCGCGGGAGGGAACCCAAAUAGCGAACUGAUACUUGGAGUAGAAUGAAAAGAAUCGAGCCCUCUGAUCAUGUACUGAAGGGUACUUCAGCUGGAGCCCCGUCUGUGCGUGAGGCCCGGGAAAAUCCCCACCCCUCUCCCGCCUCCAGCCCAGUCUCCUUCAGGAAUUCUUUUCACUUCACAGAAGACAAGUCAAGUCGGCUGAAAUCAGCAAGGAUUGAGGGAAGUUUAAGGUUGGAUCCUAAGCAAGCACUGGAAAGGAACUCAAGAUCACACAACCAGCAGCGUCACUGGAGAAAAACUCUUUUACUGGCAAUCCUUUUUAAGACACCAUCAUUUCAAAUCACGGGCGCUUUUUAAAACUGUUGACAAGAGCUUUGACAACAAAACAGGAUGCCUCAAAAAGUGGGAAGACUUUAAUCAGCACUACGCAGAUGUGUGAUUCCUUAAACUGCAUGAGAGGAGAGUCCACUCAUAAAUCAGAGCCCUCUACCCGAGCCACGUGGGAUCUUGCUCCAUCAGUCCACCAUGCAGAACAGUCACAGCGGCGUGAAUCAGCUUGGCGGUGUGUUUGUCAACGGGCGGCCGCUGCCAGAUUCAACCCGGCAGAAAAUCGUGGAACUGGCCCACAGCGGGGCUCGGCCGUGCGACAUCUCCCGAAUCCUGCAGACCCAUGCAGAUGCAAAAGUCCAAGUGCUGGACAAUCAAAACGUGUCGAAUGGCUGUGUGAGUAAAAUUCUGGGCAGGUAUUACGAAACUGGCUCCAUCCGACCGCGGGCAAUCGGAGGUAGCAAGCCAAGAGUAGCGACUCCAGAAGUUGUAAGCAAAAUAGCACAGUAUAAGCGGGAGUGUCCCUCGAUCUUUGCUUGGGAGAUCCGAGACAGAUUACUAUCGGAGGGGGUCUGUACCAACGAUAAUAUACCCAGCGUCUCUUCGAUCAACCGAGUCCUACGCAACCUGGCUAGCGAAAAGCAACAGAUGGGAGCAGAUGGAAUGUAUGACAAGCUAAGAAUGCUGAAUGGGCAGACUGGGACGUGGGGCACCAGGCCUGGAUGGUACCCAGGGACAUCCGUCCCAGGACAACCAACGCAAGAUGGCUGCCCACAGCAAGAAGGAGGGGGCGAAAAUACCAAUUCCAUCAGUUCAAAUGGAGAAGAUUCAGAUGAGGCCCAGAUGAGACUCCAGUUGAAAAGAAAGCUGCAGAGAAAUCGGACGUCCUUUACCCAAGAACAAAUUGAAGCACUUGAGAAAGAAUUUGAGAGAACCCAUUAUCCUGAUGUGUUUGCCAGAGAGAGACUAGCUGCCAAAAUAGACCUGCCUGAAGCAAGAAUACAGGUAUGGUUUUCCAACAGGAGGGCAAAGUGGAGACGGGAAGAGAAACUAAGAAACCAGAGAAGACAAGCCAGCAACACCCCAAGUCACAUUCCCAUCAGCAGUAGUUUUAGCACAAGUGUCUACCAACCGAUCCCACAACCCACAACACCGGUUUCCUCUUUCACAUCAGGUUCAAUGCUGGGCAGAACAGACACCGCGCUAACAAACACAUACAGUGCUUUGCCACCCAUGCCUAGUUUCACAAUGGCUAACAACCUGCCUAUGCAACCCCCAGUACCCAGCCAGACUUCUUCUUAUUCUUGCAUGUUGCCCACCAGUCCAUCAGUAAAUGGGAGGAGCUAUGAUACAUACACCCCUCCUCAUAUGCAGACACAUAUGAACAGCCAGCCAAUGGGCACUUCUGGAACCACUUCAACAGGUCUAAUUUCUCCUGGAGUGUCAGUUCCUGUUCAAGUUCCUGGCAGUGAACCUGAUAUGUCUCAGUACUGGCCAAGGUUACAGUAAACCAUGGGCUGAUUUUGUAAAUGGCUAUAUGGACAUCAGUUGGAGGUUGAUCUGUAUUUCUAAAAGAAGAAUGGCUUUCCACAUA